GAGCAAAGGGUGGGCGGAGAAGAGGAAAGGGGCUUUUCCUGGGAGAGGGGUUUGCAUUUGCAGGGUUAAGGAGGACUGGGAGGGCGUGCAGAGAAGUAGCAGCAGGAGGGAAAAGCUUUGCAGCAGCCUGAUCCUGGGAAAAUUUACUUGUAAGAACAGGCAAUGAAGAGAUGCUGUCCAGCCCUCAUCUAUUCAGAGGCGUGGGAACAGCGGCUGCACCUCCAAUCCAGACUGUCCCAGACCGUCCCAGACUACUCCAUUCCAGUGCGCGAUCUCUGCCUGGUGUGAUUUCUGAAGAGGAGGGAAUCUUCUUUUUCUUCCAGGGUCCCUUUUCCUUUGAGGAGGUGUCCAUCUUUUUCACGGAGGCAGAAUGGGCCCUGCUGGAUCUUGGACAAAGAGCUCUGUUCAGGGAAGUCAUGUUGGAGAACUAUGAGAAUGUGGUCUUUCUGGCAAAGGAUGCUCAGAGGAAUGAGGAGGGUGAGGAACUUCAUCAGGACAUGCCAGAUAGAGUUAACAACGAAGACUUGAAUAAUAAUGUCAGCAAUCAAGGCAGACCAAAGAAGGAAAAAAGCCUUCACAUGGUUGAGAAGCAUGAUAGAAGAAAAUGGACUGCACAUUUUCCAAAGCACAGGAUAAUAAAGGCAAGGAAAUCUAUUCAGGGUGGAAAGUAUUUCAGAUAUAGAUCACAGCUCCUUGUGCACGAAACAAUACAUAGAGAGAAGAAACUUUCUGAAUACUUGGAGACAAAAAAUAAAUUCAGUCAGAGUGGCACUGUUCAGCUGCACAAAAAGACAACAGGGGAGAAACCUUUUCAUUGCCCAGAGUGUGGGAAAAGAUUCAGUCGGAGUGACCUUCUUCAAAAGCAUCAGAGAAACCACUCAGAGGAGAAAUCUUUUGAAUGCUCAGAUUGUGGAAAGAAAUUCAUUAGGAGUGAUCAUCUUCAAAAGCACCAGAGAACCCACACAGGGAAGAAACCUUUUGAAUGCUUAGAGUGUGGAAGGAGAUUCAGUCAGAAUGACUCUCUUCAAAGGCAUCAGAGAACCCACACGGGGGAGAAACCUUUUGAAUGCUCAGAAUGUGGAAGGAAAUACAGUCAUUGUGACAAUCUUCAAAAGCAUCAGAGAACCCACACAGGGGAGAAAUCUUUUGAAUGCUCAGAUUGUGGAAAGAAAUUCACUAGAAGUGGCCAUCUUCAGCAGCAUCAGAGAACUCACACAGGGGAGAAACCUUUUGAAUGCUCAGAGUGUGGAAGGAGAUACAGUAGAAGGGACUCUCUUCAAAAGCACCAGAGGACCUACACAGGGGAGAAACCUUUUGAAUGCUCAGAGUGUGGAAAGAAAUUCAUUAGGAGUGAUCAUCUUCAAAAGCACCAGAGAACCCACACAGGGGAGAAACCUUUUGAAUGCUUAGAGUGUGGAAGGAGAUUCAGUCAGAAUGACUCUCUUCAAAGGCAUCAGAGAACCCACACGGGGGAGAAACCUUUUGAAUGCUCAGAAUGUGGAAGGAGAUACAGUCAUUGUGACAAUCUUCAAAAGCAUCAGAGAACCCAUACAGGGGAGAAAUCUUUUGAAUGCUCAGAGUGUGGAAGCAGAUUCACUAGGAGUUUCAGUCUUCAAGUGCAUCAGAGAAUCCACACAGGGGAGAAACCUUUUAAAUGCGCAGAGUGUGGAAAGAGAUUCAGUAGAAAUGACAGUCUUCAACAGCAUCAGAGAACCCACACAGGGGAGAAACCUUUUGCAUGCUCAGACUGUGGAAGGAGAUUCAGUCAGGCUGGCAAUCUUCACCAUCAUCAGAGAACCCACAUGGGGGAGAAAGCUUUUGAAUGCUCAGAGUGUGGAAAGAGAUUCAAUACUAGCUGUAAUCUUCAAUGUCAUCAAAGAACCCACACAGGGGAGAAGCCUUAUGAAUGCUCAGAGUGCGGAAGGGGAUUCCGUCAGAGUGGCCAUCUUCAAAACCAUCAGAGAACCCACAUAGGGGAGAAAACCUAUGAAUGCUCAAAGUGUGGUAAGAGAUUCGCUAGGAAUGACAGUCUUCAACAUCAUUAUAGAACUCAUACAGGAGAAACCUUUUGAAAGCUCAGAGGGUUGAAAGAGAUUUAGUUCGAGUGACAGUCUUCAAAAGCAUAAGAGAAAUCCACACACGGAAGAAAUAUUAUGAAUACUUAAGAGUGUGGAAAGAGAUUCAAUGAGAGGGAGAAUCUUCAGGAGCAUCAGAGAACCUUUUGCAUUCUCAGUAUCUGUCUCCAGCUCGCCACAGCCAGACUCUUAAAUGGCACCAAGGAAGGCUUUCAUGACACAAAGACACCUUCCUAAUGAAUGAGAACACUCCUCCCCCCAGCUUGGUUAUGAGCUGUUGGCCCAUCAGCAUCCCUUACAGGCCCAAAAUGAUGUGUGGACAGACUACUAUAUCAGAGAACCCACACAGGGGAGAAACCUUCUGAAUGCUCUGAGUUUUGAAAGAGAUUCAGUAUGUGUGUCAAUCUGCAACUGCAUCAAGGAAACACACGGGGGGGGGGGGGAAACCUUUUGAAUUCUCAGACUGUGGAAAGAGAUUCUGUUGCAGAAAUACUCUUUGAUGGGAACUGAUAUCCCACACAGAAAAGACACAAUUUUAAUGUUUGGAGCAUUGAAAAGGGAUUCAGUCAGAGCAAUGCUCUUCUGCUUUGUCAAGGAACCCACACAAGGAGAAUCCAUGUAACUGCUUAGCCCGUAAACGGAACUUUUCUAUUUCAUACCUGAAAGACAACCACAGACCAUAAAAAGUGUUAAAAAGAUGUUAACUUCUGAAUUUACAGAAGAAAUCUUACCCCCAUCAUGAAGAAAUGUUAUAAGUGCUCGGACUGGAAAGAGCAUUAGCCAUGUCCAAAAUCCCAAAAAGAUCCCACAGAGAAGAAAACAAGGAUGGGCAAUGGGAUCUCCAGGUCAGAAAAUCAGCUGAUCUCUCUUCUAGAAUCGAAGAGUCCACCCAAGGGAGGAAUCUCAUCAAUGCUCUGUAUGUGGGAAGAGCCUGAGGCACAAAUCUUACUUUCCUGUUCCUCAGAGAAUCCAUAAAAGGGUGGAACUUUAUUAUAGCUGGUUCUGAUGAGGUUCUUCAAAGGACCUGGUGUUGUUGGUUCAGAAAGGCUGAGAACGUAGUUACACAAAAAAGAGCGCUUUUACCUCCUCUUGCUACUUCACGUUAUCUGCCAAUAUAAUUCUGACCUUCAAAACCCGUGAAAACAGUUUCUUUCCCAGAUCCUGUGAAGGAAUAGACCAUUUGAGGGUAACAGAUAUCCACAGCCUCUCUGCUGCUGGUGUAAAUAUAGUGUGACCAGCCAGCAUCCUUACUUCACAAACAUUUCUAUCUGAGGAACAGUUUUAGAGUGGCAUUUCUCAACCCUGAUCCCUCCCUAGUUCAGCGUGCUGUGAGGUUUGUUUUUUUUUGGGGGGGGGGUCUCACCUAGAGAUGGGAAGGCCCGGAAAAAGACUGGAAACAUUUGGGAAAAAGCAUUUUUUUCCCUGUUUUUUCCCCAAAGCCCUUUUUGUUUUUUUCCCAAAAAAUUGGAAAAAUUGAAAAAAAUAAAUUAAUUAAUUAUGGAAUGUUUUAUUUUAACAUGAUGAAUAAAAUAUUUUAAGACAAGAUA